GGCCGGGCCGGGAGCCGCGCACCCAGGAGCCGGCCGCGCCAUGGCUGCGCGCAACCCGGGCACCGAGCUGGCACAGUGCUGUACUCCAGAAAUGCCAACGGAGAGGUUGUAGGACUUGCACACUAGCACUUCAUUCCACUAAGAAGUUGUGGCCAGCUAGCUGUAUAGCUGCAUCCACCGACUGCAGCUGGAACCUCUGAGACUGGUCAACGAGUGAUUAUCGGCAUCCUGGGAACCAUUCAACUGAAAUGUCCAGCAGGAAGACUGUACUAAACAGUGUUUUAGAUUCAGAGCUCAUGUACUCGAAACCCCUCCUGGCCCCAUAAGAGAAGGUUCUAUGGUCCUGAUGAGAUUGUGUGCACUGGAAUCACUUCUCCUGGAAAGGAGAUGCUAAAGGACCUUAGCUGGAUCUCCAAAAUACAAGUGAAUCAACCGGCAGUUCUGAGGCGUGCCCGACAAAUCCAGGCUCGGAGAACCGUGAAAAAGGAGUGGCAAGCUGCUUGGCUUCUGAAAGCAGUUACCUGUAUAGAUCUUACUACACUUUCAGGCGAUGAUACAUCUUCCAACAUUCAAAGGCUCUGCUAUAAAGCCAAGUAUCCAGUCCAGGAAGAUCUCUUAAGAGCUUUAAAUAUGCACAAUAAAGGCAUCACUACAGCUGCUGUUUGUGUUUAUCCUGCGCGGGUGCAUGAAGCAGUAAGAUCACUGAAGGCUGCUCGCGGUAGCAUCCCGGUGGCAUCAGUGGCCACUGGCUUUCCAGCUGGACAGACUCAUUUAAAAACACGAUUGGAAGAGAUAAGAUUGGCUGUGGAAGAUGGAGCUAUGGAAAUUGAUACAGUGAUUAACAGGACCCUGGUGCUGACAGGCCAGUGGGAAGCCCUGUAUGAUGAGAUUCGUCAGUUUCGCAAGGCCUGUGGGGAGGCGCAUCUCAAGACCAUCCUAGCAACAGGAGAACUUGGAUCUCUUACUAAUGUCUAUAAAGCCAGUAUGAUAGCAAUGAUGGCAGGAUCAGAUUUUAUUAAGACCUCUACUGGAAAAGAAACAGUGAAUGCCACCUUCCCAGUGGCUAUAGUAAUGCUACGGGCCAUUAGAGAUUUCUUCUGGAAAACUGGAAACAAGGUAGGCUUUAAACCAGCAGGAGGCAUCCGCAGUGCAAAGGAUUCCCUUGCUUGGCUGUCUCUUGUAAAGGAGGAGCUAGGAGAUGAGUGGCUGAAGCCAGAACUCUUCCGAAUAGGUGCCAGCACUCUGCUUAUGGACAUCGAGAGGCAGAUUUACCACCAUGUGACUGGGAGAUACGCAGCUUAUCAUGAUCUUCCAAUGUCUUAAAUCAGCGACCAAUUCCAGGAAAGUCCCUUACAACAACGUUUAAAAUUUAGUUUUCUACUUAAUUGCUAAAACCAUUUAAUUCAAGUAUGGGGGAAUAGGUAACUGGCUUUUAUUCCCUUAAAAUUUUCCAUUGAAUUUAAUUCAAAGAAUGAAAGGAAAAACCCAACUAAUCCAUACACGGUAUUCAUUUUAGGCACAUCUGAAAUGGUCUUAAUUACUGGAAGGUCUGCACUGUUACUGUGAAGGUUUCCUCUUAAAAACUCCUAGUAAAAUAUUAAUGAUAGCUUUGACAACGUUAAAUUUCGGGAGAAAAAAAGAAAAAAGUUAAACUGCCCAAGAAACGUGUUCUAGCAAAAAAAUGCAGCAUCUCUGAACAUCCCUGACUCUAAUGACUGUAGGAAUCGCUGACUUGGUACUAAUUUCCUGCCGUGAAAAUCUGUCUUUAAUUUUUACAGCAGAUAUGCUCUUUUAUUAAUUGUUUUGCUAAUGAAAUUUCUGUCAUUGUUAUAUGAAACUAUGGACAGCAUUGAAUUUUUUAAUUAAUGAAAUCCCUGUAGUUAAUUUUUUUAUGCUUUAAAUUGUAACCAAUAUAUAUUGAAAAAUUAAUCCAUUAAACAUACAAAGGAGUUUUAUCAACGAC